UUCGUACUGACCAAUCAGAACGCUCGCUUGCCCCAACACUUCCGCUCAGCUCUCGCUGCAGCCUGUCUUGUCUUUCCCAGUCAAGUGGUGAGUGUGAGCAGCAAUCGCUGAAGUGCACGGCACGUAGAAACCAAAAUAAAGAUGGCUCCAAAGAAGGGAGAAGCACCUAAGCCGCCCCAGUUGAUUGGACGCUUCGGGACGUCGCUUAAAAUUGGAAUUGUGGGACUGCCAAACGUAGGGAAAUCCACCUUUUUCAACGUGUUGACCAAAAGCCAAGCAGCAGCUGAGAAUUUCCCAUUCUGUACCAUCGACCCCAACGAAAGCAGAGUGCCCGUCCCCGAUGAACGCUUCGAUUUCCUCUGCCAGUAUCACAAACCAGCCAGUAAGGUUCCCGCUUUCCUUAACGUGGUGGACAUCGCCGGCCUGGUGAAGGGCGCUCACUCGGGACAAGGGCUGGGGAACGCCUUCCUCUCCCACAUCAGCGCCUGCGACGGCAUCUUUCACAUGACACGCGCUUUUGAUGAUGAGGACAUCAUCCACGUGGAGGGUAACGUGGACCCAGUGCGGGACAUGGAGAUCAUCCACGAGGAGCUUCGGCUCAAGGACGAGGAGAUGAUCGCCCCGAUCCUGGACAAGCUGGAGAAGACGGCGGUCCGAGGCAACGAUAAGAAGCUUAAACCGGAAUACGACAUCAUGUUGAAGGUGAAGAACUGGGUGGUCGACGAGAAGAAACACGUGCGAUUCUGCCGGGACUGGAAUGACAAAGAGAUAGAGGUUUUGAACAAGUACCUGUUCCUCACAUCCAAACCCAUGAUCUACCUGGUCAACCUCUCCGAGAAGGAUUACAUCCGCAAAAAGAACAAGUGGCUGGCUAAAAUCAAGGAGUGGGUGGAUGCUCACGACCCGGGCUCCAUGGUGAUCCCCCUCAGCGGAGCGUUGGAGUCCAAACUCUUUGACAUGGAGCCAGAGGAGCAGCAAAAAUAUUGCGAGGAGCAAAAGACACAAAGUGUCUUGACCAAAAUAAUCAAGACGGGCUACGCAGCGCUACAGCUGGAGUAUUUCUUCACCGCAGGACCGGACGAGGUGCGAGCGUGGACAAUCAGGAAAGGCAGCAAAGCUCCACAGGCGGCCGGCAAGAUCCACACUGACUUUGAGAAGGGCUUCAUCAUGGCCGAGGUGAUGAAGUUUGUCGACUUCAAAGAGGAGGGUAGCGAAAAUGCAGCCAAGGCUGCAGGCAAAUACAGACAGCAGGGUCGGAACUACGUGGUGGAGGACGGUGACAUUAUCUUCUUUAAAUUCAACACACCCAACGCACCCAAGAAGAAAUAAGAAUGUCGAGAA